AGCGACUGGACGUAAUUAUCGAGCUUUUCUAAAGCUUUAUUUCUUGGUCGCCAUCCGACUCUUUUGAUUUUUUUCGCGGUGUGUUUGGCGGGGAUGACGGGGAGCGAGGAGAGUGCCGUGGAAGAAACGACCACGGAGUGGAUCCGGAUCGACGGGGUAGCAUCGUGGGCGAGAUUGGAGGCUGACGGGACGCUUCUCUGGAGCGCUGGAGCUGGCGAGCGGCGGCUACGCUUGGAGUCGGAUGUCCUCGGAUUGGCGAUCCGUGGAUCCUGGAUCACGGUUAGGGCAUUCGAAGGGACGAGCGAGGGCGGGUGCUGCGGUGUGGUUGGUGGGGCCGGCGGGAGGAGGAGGGCGAGGAGGGACUACGUGCUGCAGAUGGCCGACGAGGCGGCGGCUCGGCGGUGGAGCGAUCGGAUAAAUGAAUUUUUAGGAUCUCUCGGAAGGCCAAAGAAACUCUGUGUUGUUUUAAACCCAUUCUCUGGGAAGAAAUCUGCAAGAAAGAUAUUCCAAAAUGAGAUUAAGCCACUUCUUGAAGCUGCUGGUGUCCUUUUUGACUUAAAAGAGACUGAACGCCAGAAUCAUGCUCACGAAAUUGCAUAUAAGUUGGACAUUUUACAAUAUGAUGGCAUUGUUUGUGUCAGUGGUGAUGGCAUCCUGGUGGAGAUAGUCAAUGGUUUGCUCAAUAGAAAAGACUGGGGUACUGCAAUUAAGGUACCUCUUGGGGUAAUUCCUGCAGGUACAGGAAAUGGCAUGUCUAAAUCACUUCUGGAUUCAGCUGAUGACUUGUGCACGGUCCCUAAUGCUACAUUUACAAUAAUAAGAGGUCACAGACGUGCUUUGGAUGUUGCUACUAUCUUACAAAAUGAAAAGAAGUCUUUCAAUGUUUUGUCACUAACUUGGGGUUUAGUCGCUGAUAUUGAUAUUGAGUCUGAGAGGUAUCGGUGGAUGGGAAGUGCUCGGAUGGAUUUAUAUGCUCUUUUCCGAGUUCUGAACUUGCGGAAAUAUAAUGGGCAUAUCCAUUUUAUUCCUGCACCUGGAUUUGAAGCAUAUGGCGAUCCAGUAAUUCAUGUUGAUGACUGUAAGUGUGAAGUUUUACUGUCUAAAUGGAGCAAAGGAGGUAACGAUAACACAGAGCAAUGUAAAUAUAUGGGCCCAGAAGUAGCUAUGGAAAGAAUGGAAUGGAGGUCUAUUGACGGACCAUUUAUUUCAGUUUUGGUCCACAAUGUACCUUUUUCUGGUGAAGAUUAUAUGCCAGCACCCAAGGCAGAGUUCGCAGAUGGCUACUUGGAUGUAAUCAUAGUUAAGGAUUCUCCGAAAUCAGGACUUCUAGAAAUGAUGCUAUCAAUGAGCGAUGGAAGUUACAUUAAGUCACCAUACAUAUUGUAUUUCAAGGUCAAAGCACUUAGGUUACAGCCAAGUAGCCGAGUAGGGCAGCCUACCCAGGGUGGCAUCAUCGACUCCGACGGAGAGGUCAUUGCCGGAGGAGAUCAACCAGAGAGUUGCUUGAUGGCUUACGGUCCUCCCAUUCAGAUGACAGUGGACAAGGGCUUGGCAACUAUAUUCUCUCCUAAGUAACCAUCAGAACUGACUUGCCAGAAAGAAGAUCAUAGUAUUGGCUUCAGAGGUUUAGACACUUCAUGCAGGAAAGAUUAUGAUUUAUUUAGUUAUUUACUUUGCAUUUGGUCAUAAAAUAAUUGUAUUAAUUUCAAUUAGCUUUUCGAAUUUUAGUACAAUAGUUAUGUUUUAUGUUUGGUUAUAAAUGUAAUUCGAACAAAACAAGAGAAAAUGAAAUUCAUUUUGAAUUUCGCUCUAUUAGUCUAUCGAAUAAAUUUGUUU